UUCAGAACCUCAACCCAACUUACCUUGCAAUUGGACCACAGUCAGUAGCUGCAUAUGUGAAUAGUGCUUAGCGCAGCAUCUCCCUCUAUCUCUCUUACUCUGCUUCAAGCCCUAGAAAUCCCAGAAUCACAUCAUUAUCGGUCGGUUGCAGCUUUUUUAAAAUGAGUACUACCAAUACUUCGCCUCCACCAGAAGAUGCAUGGGUUCUUGCUUACCAAAAAUUGCUUCCUCAAUGGCGAUCGGUCACCCUCUCAUCUCACCAGUCAAGAAUACCAAUUUCAAUAUCUAGAGUUAAUCAAUUUGAUGCUGCAAGAUUAGACAUUGAAAUGUCAGCAAUGCUAAAAGAGCAAUUGGUCAAGGUCUUCUCUCUAAUGAAGCCAGGAAUGUUAUUUCAAUAUGAGCCAGAACUUGAUGCUUUCCUUGAGUUUCUUAUUUGGAGGUUCUCUAUUUGGGUAGAUAAGCCUACUCCAGGAAAUGCUCUGAUGAAUCUGAGGUAUAGAGAUGAUCGUGCAGUGGUACCACGAGAAAAAGUCAGAACAGGUUUGGAAGGACCUGGACUUACUAUGGCUCAGAAACUUUGGUAUUGCAUUGCCACUGUUGGUGGUCAGUAUAUCUGGGCUCGCUUGCAGACAUUCUCUGCUUUUCGUAGAUGGGGUGAUUCUGAACAGAGGCCAUUAGCACGGCGAGCAUGGAUUUUGAUACAACGUAUUGAGGGACUUUAUAAGGCUGCUUCAUUUGGCAACCUACUCAUAUUUCUUUUCACAGGAAGGUUUAGGAACCUUGUUGAAAGAGUCUUAAGAGCAAGGCUUGUCUACGGACACCCUAACAUGAACCGAGCUGUUAGCUUUGAGUACAUGAAUCGCCAAUUAGUGUGGAAUGAAUUUUCGGAGAUGCUGUUGUUGCUUCUUCCUCUUCUUAACUCAUCAUCCAUAAAAAACUUACUUAGUCCAUUUUCGAAGGACAAAUCCUCUAGUUCUGCAGGAGAUGAUGGUACUUGUCCUGUUUGCCAGGCAAUUCCAACCAUUCCAUUCCUCGCCCUGCCCUGUCAACACAGGUACUGCUACUACUGCCUUAGAACACGAUGUGCUGCAUCUUCAUCAUUUCGGUGUCCUAGUUGCAGUGAACCAGUGGUAGCUAUGCAGCGGCAUGGUUUUUCAGCCAGUGAUACAAAUCCUAGUUAAGAACUGAUAAGAUCAAUAUAAAGUACUGUAAGAGAAAAAAAAAAGAAAAGAAAAGUAGUGCCAGAAUUAGGCAUAUAAUUUAAUCACGGGAUAAAGUUUUUUUUUAUUUUUAGAAGCAAUUGUUCCCCAAUUGAGCCGGGAAUCAUUCUUUGUCAUAAUUCUAAAUUAAGAAAUUCUUCUCUCAAUUCAUAAAUUCCUCUGCACA